AUGCGCGCCAACAUAAGUUGCAGACAGUUCUUCCUCAUCGAUAAAUCGUCGGCACGCAAACAUUACCGCUAUGGCGACGCAAGCAGCUGUGAGAAAUGUGGGCCGCCUUUCUAGCCAAAAGACGGCGAUAUUCCUUUGCGACAUGCAGGAGAAGUUCAGGAAGACCAUACAGUACUUCCCGCAGAUCGUGGCGGUCUCUCAGCGGCUGCUGAAAGCCGGGCGCGCGCUCGACAUGACUGUCAUCGUCACCGAACAGUAUCCGAAAGGUCUGGGUAACACAGUUCCUGAGCUGGGCCUUGCCGAGUUCCCAGACAUCAAGCCGAUUGAGAAGACACAGUUCUCCAUGAUGACUGACGAAGUGACCAAGACGAUGCAAGAGAAAGGACUCGACUCGGUCGUGCUGUGUGGCAUCGAGACGCACGUCUGCGUCCAGAACACGGCCCUGGCACUGCUCGAGCGAGGCUUCAACGUACAUAUUGCUGUUGAUGCCUGCUCCUCGCGCACUAUGGUUGACCGAUUCUUUGGGUUCGAGCGGAUGAAAGCGAGUGGGGCUUGGCUGACGACGAGCGAGAGCGUCAUCCUGAGCUUGCUCGGAGGCUCGUCGCACCCAAAGUUCAAGGAAGUCCAGAAGCUCAUCAUGGAAUCAGCUCCCGACAGCGGCCUGCUUGGAUUCGCUCAGAAACACACGAGUGCCUUAUAGAAACUGUGUUAUGCAUUAGUUCUAAGCUGCAUUUAGGGCAGCAUAGAUUCUUCUGCAACGAUAGUAUACUAGUAUAGCUUUGUUCCUGUUUUACUGGGGAGUUCUUAUGGAUGUGGUACGAGAGAGCACUAAAUGGACAUUGUUCUUUUUUUAUAUGAGCUAAGUAAAUCUUGAGAUACAUGCAACGUUAGAGUGUUGCAGACUUUACGACAUCGGAAAAGAACAUGCUGGUUCGAUGGAAGAUGAAUCACUAGUGUCCACAUAAAUAUGGUGCCACUGAUUGGGCAAAGAUGUGCGAACGGGUGCAUGAUGUGGGUUUUUACUCUCCACCGGGCACAAGACAAUAUGAAUGCGUGCUGCCGGAAAGCAAGAGUGCAGGCUAUGCCAGCCUGUUUUGUUGCAUAAUACAAAGUUGCAUAGUUAAAUGAAGGUGCCACGUAUCAAAGUACUCAGUUAGCAAAUUCAAAAUGUCUACCGCUUCAUUUAAGUAUACUUAGAUUGCUGUUUCGUGCUGGCUUAUUUUUUAUAUGUGUAAAACACGAUAUGUGAAGUUUGUGGUGGCAGAGGCCAAUAGCCAUCGCCAUCAGUUUAAGUGCUUCCUUUGCUGAGCGACGAAAUGGUGUAGGUUAAAACUAUGAAUAAAGCUACGUUAUUUUGAACUAUA